AAACUAGAAAAAAGACUAUUGUUAUUCUGUCUUUGAUUUCAAUUUUAUAGGGUUUUACUGUUGACCUACCUGUCUUGUAGAUGGAUAAAGAUAUUUUUUUCUUUUUGUGGGUGUGUAAUUUUUUGCUUUCAUUUCUUUUUUAAGCUUUCAUUUCUUUUUCAACAUGUUUCUAAGCUUUCAUUUCUUUUUUAAGGGCGGAUUUUUUUAAGACCAGUAACAAUUGAAGUCUUGAUCUUAGGUCGAUGUUAGCUUUGAAAUGAAGAUGUUAUGAGUUUAAGAAGUGAUAAAACAUGAAUUUGAGCUCCUCUAAGGUUCAAGUUUUUGUCUAAUCAGUGGUUCUUUUGAGUUCUCAUCUCAAACGCAUUACUCUGGUGGCUAUUACAAAACAUGACAUCUUUAGGUACAGCUCCCCCUUUGGCAGUUGAGAAAUCUAGUGGUGAUAAAAUGUCUGUCGAUAAACUUCCAGGGGAAAUCAAUGAUAUGAAGAUCAGGGAUGACAAGGAAAUGGAAGCAACUGUAGUUAAUGGAAGUGGAACUGAAACAGGACACAUUAUUGUGACCACAAUUGGUGGCAGAAAUGGUCAACCCAAACAGACUAUAAGUUACAUGGCUGAGCGUGUCGUUGGACAAGGUUCAUUUGGAAUUGUAUUUCAGGCAAAAUGCUUAGAGACAGGUGAGACUGUUGCAAUCAAGAAAGUCUUGCAGGAUAAGAGAUACAAGAACCGUGAGUUGCAGACAAUGCGCCUUCUUGAUCAUCCCAACAUUGUCUCACUCAAACAUUGUUUCUUUUCAACAACUGAAAAGGAGGAGCUCUAUCUCAAUUUGGUCCUCGAAUAUGUACCUGAAACGGUGUAUCGAGUUGCAAAGCAUUAUAGCAGAGCGAAUCAGCGAAUGCCUCUAAUUUAUGUCAAACUCUAUACAUUCCAGAUUUGUAGAGCAUUGGCCUAUAUUCAUGGGGCGAUUGGAGUUUGCCAUAGGGACAUUAAGCCACAGAAUCUACUGGUUAAUCCACAUACUCACCAGCUCAAGCUAUGUGACUUUGGUAGUGCCAAAGUUUUGGUUAAAGGCGAGCCAAACAUAUCGUACAUAUGCUCCCGUUAUUACCGUGCACCUGAACUCAUCUUUGGUGCAACAGAGUACACAAGUGCAAUUGACAUUUGGUCUGCAGGCUGCGUACUUGCUGAGUUACUUCUUGGACAGCCUCUCUUUCCUGGAGAGAGUGGAGUAGACCAACUCGUCGAGAUAAUUAAGGUUCUUGGAACACCAACAAGAGAAGAAAUUAAGUGUAUGAACCCGAACUAUACUGAGUUCAAGUUCCCUCAAAUCAAGGCUCACCCAUGGCAUAAGUUAUUCCACAAACGCAUGCCCCCAGAAGCAGUAGACGUUGUCUCCAGACUCCUCCAGUAUUCUCCCAAUCUGCGGUGCACUGCUUUAGAGGCUUGUAUCCACCCAUUUUUCGAUGAACUUCGUGAUCCUAAUACGCGUCUUCCUAAUGGGCGAGCACUGCCUCCUCUGUUUAAUUUUAAACCCGAAGAGCUGAAAGGAGUAUCUCUGGAGCUCCUCGCAAAAGUAAUUCCUGAACAUGCAAGGAAGCAGUGUCCUUCUCUUGGUUUCUCGAGCACAACGUGAAAUGACGAAGGUGCUGAGGAUCUGUUUAAGUGCACGUUGUUGCAUGUUUUCCUCGUCAAAGUAAUUCCUGAACAUGCAAGGAAGCAGUGUCCUCCUUCUCUUGGUUUCUCAAGCACAACUUGGUGCUGAGGAUCUGUUCAAGUGCACAUUGCCUAAUUUAACAGAUUGUAUCCUAAUUUCUUAGCAGUGGAUUGAUCUUUUUAUUUCCAGUUAAUGAACUAACUUACUUGACUUAUAAAGAAUGCUGGGUUUAUUCGAUUUUUUUUUUUGUUAUAGGGAAACUUGGUUUUAUUGUAGUUGUACCAACUCUUCAUUUUGUAUAUGAUUGGGAAUCAGUUAACAGAGGGAUCUCUUGUUUA